GAGGCCUCGGACAAGGUUUGCUUUCCUUUUCUCUCUAGUGUUCUUGUAUCUGCCUUUUCCCCACAUUGGACAGAUAGUUUCGGAAUUUACAUCAAAUAACCGCAUCAUGUAAAACUGUCUCUUAGAAAUUGGACCAAACUUACAUACAGAUUAAUUAAACGGUCAUUUCGUACUUGUUUAUGUAUUUUACCUGUCAUUGCAUCGUAUCAAUAGUUGUACAUCACCUAUUAUAACCCUACUCCUACUAUAUAAGCAUGUUUCCAUGGUUUCUGAUGCAAACUACUACCUCUGGUCACAUUUAAUUGACGUGAGACAACACUACUUGUAUGCUAGGAUUAACACCACUCUGCGUCGAUUUAAUCCGAACGGAGGGAGUAGACAAUAAGUUUUAUCGAAAAUUAAAAAUAAAGGACGACAAGUUAGUUGAAAUGGCUUUAUCAAGCAUGUCAAUUGGUACUUGUUUAUGUAUAUAUUUACCUGUCAUUAAUUAGGUGCGGAUGCAAUGUAUCCAUGAAUUCACUUGCGCUAUCUAUAACUGACAUUAGCAGUUAGUUGAACUAGUAGCUUUACCAAUGGAACUCAACAGUUUUGGUUGUUCAUGUGAUAUGUUGCUUCUAUUGUUUUUAUUUUCAAGAAUCAAGGUUGCACAAGAUUAGUCAGCUGCAGUAAAUAAGGGCAAAUAACAUACAUAUCUCUUGCAAGGAAUCGGUUGACUAGUAUACUAGGUUCACCAUAAAAAGGUGCUUUAGCAGCGGUAAAGCAAAGGAUAUAUAUUAUUCUUACAUAAAGUAGCCGCUGGACAGAUUAGGAUGGCUUCUUUAAUUAUAGAGAUGGUGACUGAAUGGAAUCUUCCUUUUGAAUCUGAUUCUGAAGACAUUUGUGCUGCUGGGACGCACACCCCUGACAAAAAAAGCUAUCCUUCCACAAGUUGUUGCUGUUGGAGAUCCUAAUAUGUGAAGUUCUGCUUCUGGCAAAAAUCAGCUACUCAUGCUGGAGCCAAUGACCGCGUUGGGAAUAGCCAUGAAAGCCGUCGGGUGGAUCGCAUCGCCCAUCAUCUGUGACCUUUUCAAGAAAUGCUCCACCUACCUCAGCUUUGAUGCAUCGGAGAAGCUGCAGCAGCUUGGACCAAAAGUCUUGCUUCUUGAGCGGGUGAUGGAAGCAUUUGAGCAGAUCCCUGACAAGCCUCGCUUGGAGCGGCUGUUCCAGGAUCUCAAGUCUGCUUUCUAUGAAGCCGAAGACAUCUUGGAUGACGUCGAGUAUCAUUGUCUCGAGAAGAAGAUCCAAGAUUGCACGUUAAAGUCAGACAGCGGCGCGCUUCGACAUAAGAGGUGUUGGGUGAAGAAACUCCUCCCCAUGGGGUCCCCCCUGAAAAAUAAGGAGACUGGUAUGCAAAAAAAACAGUUAAAGGAUAGCCUAGAGAGGAUAGAAAAGAUUAUAAACAAUGCGUACAAGUUUGUUGAAAAUCUGAACUUGUCCACCAUUAGUAAUUUCAAUGAAGCGCAAGCUGAUUUGGCCAAUUCAAGAGGUGUAGUCACUACUUCGUCUCCUCCUACAGUAGUAAUCGGGCGUGAUAAAGAUUGUGACAAGAUAAUAGAAAUGCUUCAUGAGAAGGAAGGUGAGGUUCAAACAAACACUAAUAGUCGUCUAUGUUAUUCCACAAUUGGCAUUCAUGGCAUCGGCGGUUCUGGGAAAUCAACCCUUGCACAGUUAGUUUGUGCCCGUGAGAAGAAGGACAUGCAAGAGAAAAGGGGCGGCCAUUUUGACCUUGUUAUGUGGGUUCAUGUUUCUCAAAGUUUUAGUGUGGGUGACAUUUUCAAGGAAAUAUUUGAGGCGGCUACAGGGAAUCAGUGCCCACAACUCAAUAAUCUCAACACCCUACAAGUUAAGGUAGAGGAGGAACUGCAUGGAAAACGAUUCCUCCUGGUACUCGAUGAUGUCUGGUGCAGUAUUAAAGAAGAGAGAAAGCGUCUGGAAUUACGACAAAUACUUUUUCCCAUGAAGGCUGGGGAGGAAGGAAGCAAGAUCCUGGUGACUAGCCGAACUAAAGAUGCAUUACUAGUUCUAGGUGCUACAGAACCGAGAUGCAUACCCAUAUGUGACUUGGAUGACAAUCUCUUCCUUAAUUUGUUAAUGAAUUAUGCACUUGAAGGCGCAAUUAUAGAUGAUCAUGUCCGAAGGAGACUCGAAGCAGUUGGGGCUGACAUUGCUAAAAAACUGAAGCGGUCACCUCUAGCCGCCAGAAUAGUGGGAGGACGGCUUAGGAGGAGACCAAAUGCUGAGUUUUGGACAACAGUUAAAAAUGGGAAGCUUGUCAAUGAGACCAUGGGAGCUUUGUGGUGGAGCUAUCUGCAUCUUGAUCAGCAGGCUAGGCGAUGUUUUUCUUAUUGCAGUAUUUUUCCCAGAAGACAUCCCAUGUACCGUACUGAGUUAGUUAACCUGUGGGUGGCAGAAGGGUUUGUAAGAAGUACUAAUGAAGGGGAGGACAUAGAAGACGUUUGUCGUGAAUACUUUGAUGAACUAGUGUCAACCUCUUUUCUGCAACCAGGAGGCGGGGACUUGGGUCGUGGUGACUACUAUUUAGUUCAUGAUCUGCUGCAUGAUUUAGCAGAGAUGGUCGCUGGAAGUGAUUGCUUUAGAAUCGAGAAUGGCUGCAGAGAAAGUGGCUUCUUCAGAGAGGGUAAAAGAAAAAGCUGGACAGGAGAUGUUCCUAGAGAUGUUCGCCAUCUUUUUGUACAGAACUAUGAUGGGGAACUGAUUACUGAUAAGAUCCUUGAACUGGAAAAUUUACGCACACUCAUCAUUUAUGCUAUUGACCACGGUACAUCAGUUGAGGAAAAGAUCAUUGAGUGUAUAUUCAAGAGGCUGCCAAGAUUGCGGGUGCUGGCCAUAGCUUUGAGUAAGAAGUUUGGUUCGUUAAUUGCGGAACCCGCUAUCUUCUCGGCUCCGGAAUCUAUUAGUCAGCUAAAGCAUCUGCGCUAUCUUGCUUUCCGGACAGGCAUCUUAUGCAGGAUAAUUUUACCAAGCACGCUUAGUAAACUCUACCAUAUCCAGCUGCUAGAUUUUGGUCAGUGUCAAAAAUUGGAAUUUCCCUCUGCUGACCUUAUCAACUUGCGGCACAUAUUCUGCUUGGCAGGCGUGAAAUUUUGUAACGUAGGCAGGCUGAUCUCACUCCAAACAUUACGGGACUUCAUAGUAACGAAAGAACAAGGGUAUGAGAUAAAGCAACUGAGAGACCUAAACAAGCUUCGCGGCAAGCUGUGGAUCCAUGGUCUUGGAAAUGUCAAAAGCAAGGACGAAGCUCUUGAAGCCAACCUAGCUGCUAAGGAAUGGCUCACGGAACUAACACUGUGCUUUGAUGAUGGUUACGCACCGUGCAGUCCAGAAGUUGAAGCAGAGAUACUUGAGGCCCUGUGCCCUCCCAUGGGGCUUGAAAGACUAGAAAUCUGGUACUACAAUGGUUUGGGUUGCCCAAACUGGAUUGCGGGAAAGCACAACGGUGGCCCAGAGAACCUGCAAGAAGUUGAGUUCUCCGGAUGGAGCCAACUGGGACCUGCGCCUGAACUUGGAGCUUUCCCUCAUCUCCGUUUGCUCACGAUUUGGGAGUGUGAAUGGAGCACCUUACCAGACAAUAUUGAGCAGCUCACAUCGCUCAAGAGACUGGUGAUCUGUCAAUGCUUGAAUAUUCGGUGUCUUCCAACACUUCCCCAGUCUAUUAAUGAGUUUAAACUCAUUGACUGCAAUAAGGAGUUCAUGGAGUCAUGUCGAACAAAAGGAGAUCCAAACUGGCAAAAGAUUGAGCACAUCCCCUUGAAGAAGUGGCACGUCUAGAAGCUGUCAAAUAGGCUCUGACGAGGACAUGUUCUGGUGUUGCAUCACGUACUUGCGCUUUAGAUGAUCGGAAUUCGGUGAAGGCAAUGUUCAGCAAGGACAAGGUGGUUCAGAUCCAAAGCCAAAAACCACAUGCCUAGCCGCAUGAUGGUGUGAUUCGUUGGUGAAUUUGUGUUACUUUAUGUUCCCAUUGUGGAAAAUGAGACAGCGUGGAUUUUGAUAUGUGUUGAACUCUUAUAAUUUGGUUGUUGUGGUUUUGGAAUAGCAUAUGUUAUAUGCCUCGAAGAGUGAAUAAUGUCACGUAUGUAAAUCCGUAUACAGUAGUAAAUCUUUCGACUGCAUUAAUGUUUGAGCUGGUUACUACUC